CAAGCGCUGCCGCUGAUUCGACGCCGAUGGCCACCUUUUGUCGCGAGCCGCCGCUAAUGCUAUGCCUUGCCUAUGACCGCACUGCGGGGGAAUCCGUAUCUCCAUUUCUCGUUCUAGAAGCUAUACGGAAAAGCAAGCCAACACAUAAGGCAGCACUUCCGUUAGUUGCAUAGUUUCUUCGUGGAAGCUCAUCAACCUUCUUUGUCCGGAGCUGAAGUCUGUCUGACGCCACCGUCUUCUUCUUUGAUUUAUCAAAGGUCAAACUUUUCCACCUGUUCCUCAAUUCCCAGAAAAGGUUUUGAGCUGAAGGUUUAUCCGCUGUUUCGAGCUCUGGUGGGAGCGAGAUCGUCUCGGUCGAAAUGUUUACGCGGGUGUUCAGGAAGAGUAAUAAGCCGGAGCCGAGUGCUGUCAUGACGAUUGACAGAUUGAACGAGACGCUCGAAAUGCUAGAGAAGAAAGAAAACUUCCUUGUGAAAAAAGCAUCUGCAGAGAUGGAAAAGGCCAAGGAAUUUACCAAAGCAAAGAAGAAAAAUGUUGCCUUGCAAUGUUUAAAGAAGAAAAAGAUGUAUGAGAAGCAAAUUGAACAGCUUGGAACUUUCCAACUUCGCAUUCAUGACCAGAUGAUAAUGCUAGAAGGUGCCAAAGCUACAACGGAGACUGUGGAUGCCCUGAGGACUGGUGCAACUACUAUGAAGGCCAUGCAGAAGGCAACGAACAUUGAUGACCUGGACCGAACAAUGGAUGAGGUCAAUGAACAGACAGAAAAUAUGAAACAGAUUCAGGAUGCUCUGUCGGCUCCUAUUGGUGCAGCAGCUGAUUUUGAUGAAGAUGAACUGGAAGCAGAGCUUGAAGAACUCGAAGAGGCUGAUUUGGAGGAGAAGCUUCUCGAACCCACAACAGCUGCACCUGCAGCUCCAGCCCGUGUUCCUGCAGGGAAGCAGAUGGCUCGUCCAGCUGAAGAAAAGAACGCGCCCGAGGAAGACGAGCUUGCUGCUUUGCAAGCAGAAAUGGCACUUUAAACUGUUGCUGAUGCCGAGAUUAGAGUAUUCAUGUAAAUAGCUCGCUGCGCAUUACCAUAAUAUUAGCGGCUUCCUUAUCCGCUUUAGGAAGGUUAACAUAGAUGCUCUAGAUAAGUUUUAUUGGACCGAUAUAAUCAUAACCUAUAACCUCUGCUAUUAGCCAUACAUCGACUUCUAUAUGAAUACUGCAGCGAUCAAGGAUCAUAUUGAUCGAUCUAAACAUCUGUGCUAUUGGCCAUACAUCAACUGUCAUGCGUACACGGUCUGAAGCAGAAUCUCCUGCAGUAUUGACCCUCUUCUUUCACAGGACCUUUUGUAGGUUUGUAUCUAAACCAGUGUAAUAAUCCCUUUGUCACCCUGAAGAUCUUUCCUUGUUACUUCGUAAUAAAAGUAUUAAUCAACGUAGUUUGUGAUUUUUGCCCUCGAUCCAA